GAACGGAAGCCUGCUGGUCCAGAUUAGUGCAGCAGCAGUCGGAGCUUCGCGCAGUGUGGACAGGACGCAUCAUGGCACCGCUUGGACUCAAAGCCAUUGUUGGAGAAAAGAUAAUGAACAACGUGAUUAAAAAGGCCAGAGAAAAAGGAAAAUGGAAGGUGCUGGUGGUGGACAAGCUCAGCAUGAGGAUGAUUUCAUCCUGCUGUAGGAUGACAGACAUCAUGUCAGAGGGAAUCACCAUUGUGGAAGACAUAACCAAGCGGCGGGAGCCUCUGCCCACCAUGGAGGCCAUCUACCUAAUCACACCAUCAGAUGAGUCCGUUGAGGGUCUGAUUGACGACUUCAGAGACCCGCAGGCACCGAGGUACCGAGCAGCCCAUGUCUUCUUUACUGACACAAUCCCUGACUCCUUGUUCGGACUGCUGACCAAAUCCCGUGCCUCCAAAGCCAUGAAGGCCUUGACUGAGAUCCACAUAGCCUUUCUGCCCUAUGAGUCUCAGGUCUUCUCCCUGGAUAAAGUGGAUGCCUUUCAGGAUUUUUACAGCCCCUUCAAGGCUGAUGUGAAGAAUAACAUGAUGGAGCGUUGUGCUGAACAGAUAGCCACCCUUUGUGCAACGCUCAAAGAGUAUCCUGGAGUCCGAUACAGAGGGGAGUACAAAGACUGUGCAGUUCUUGCCCAGAUGCUUCAGGAGAAACUGGAUGCAUACAAGGCUGAUGACCCCACCAUGGGAGAGGGUCCAGACAAGUGUCGCACGCAGCUACUGAUUCUGGACCGUGGCUUUGACCCUGUGUCCCCUCUCCUACAUGAGCUCACGCUGCAGGCCAUGGCCUAUGACUUGCUGGGUAUUGAAAAUGACGUCUACAGAUAUGAGACCAGUGGUAUGGGAGAGACCAGAAUGAAGGAGGUGGUUCUGGACGAGGACGAUGACCUGUGGCUGACCCUGAGACACAAACACAUCGCUGAAGUGUCAACGGCUGUAACCCGUUCUCUGAAAGAAUUUUCUGCUUCCAAAAAGAUGAACACAGGAGAAAAGACCACGAUGAAGGAGCUGUCUCAGAUGCUCAAGAAGAUGCCUCAGUAUCAGAAAGAACUCAGCAAGUAUUCAACCCAUCUCCACCUUGCAGAGGAUUGUAUGAACCGCUACCAGGGCACAGUGGACAAACUCUGUCGUGUAGAGCAGGAUUUGGCAAUGAGCACAGAUGCAGAGGGUGAGAAGAUUAAGGAUCCCAUGAGGCUCAUUGUUCCCGUCCUCCUGGAUGCCAAUGUCAGUGUGUCUGACAAGAUCCGCAUCAUCCUGCUCUACAUCUUCCUUAAGAAUGGUGUGACUGAGGAGAAUCUGUGUAAACUCCUGCAGCAUGCUAACAUCCCACCUGAGGACAGUGACAUCAUUUCCAACAUGGCCCACUUGGGUGUUCCAAUUGUUUCAGAGGGAACCACAAAAAAGCCCAAGAAACCUGAUCGCAAGGAACGGAUCAGUGAGCAGACCUAUCAGCUUUCCAGAUGGACACCGCUCGUCAAAGAUCUCAUUGAGGAUGCGAUUGAGGACAAACUGGACCCAAAGCAAUACCCAUACAUUUCUCAGCGACAAGUUUCUGCCAAAGCCAGUGCUCCUUCAAGUGCUCGCUAUGGUAACUGGCAUAAGAACAGAGGCCCCACAGAAAUGAAGACAGGUCCCAGGAUCAUAGUCUUCAUAAUUGGAGGCUUGACAUACAGUGAGAUGCGCUGUGUGUAUGAAGUCACACAGGCCAAUGGCAAAUGGGAGGCUCUGAUUGGUUCCACCCACAUCCUCACACCCCCUAAAUACCUAAAGGAGCUGCAGCACCCAGACUUCUUGGACUCCAACGCUCUACCAGAGGCCCCAGAGGAAACGCUGGCACAAUAAAAAAGAUGUUCUAAAUAUCCACAGUAAUCCUCACCCCAUUUCGCCUUCUCAAAACCCUGACAGACUUGGAGAAAGAAGAGCGGCCCAGUUAAUGUGUUCCUUCAUCAGCCCCAUAACUCAAGGCUCUGUGCCCCAGUUAAACCACCACCUCAAAUGUAGCCCUUCAUGUUGUAUUCUGUUGAGCCACUGUUACCUGAAGCUGUUAACUUAAAUGGUGAGUUUGUUGGAUUUGCUAUCCUGAGUUUUGUUGCAGCUUAUUUGUUACAUAUAGGGAGCUUUCAUGGAAUGAAAAAACUUAUCUGAACUAGUUUAGCUAAACAGGAUGGUGUGAAGAGAGCAAUUCCGUUAUUCAAAGAGAUUCAUAUGUAAAAUAAUAGUUCUAGAUCUUAGCAACCAUGCUAUAAUUGUGCAGAGUCAUCACAUUUCCUGUACAACCAUGUGUUUGUCUGAGAAAUGCCAACAUAAAGCCACUCUGUUAAUGACGGGUAUGGCUCUAGCGCCACCAUUUGGUUUGUCUUGUGUAUUGUCUCUAGAGUCAACAGUGUUUUGUUCCUGUAGUGAUGCAGUUACCUUUUAGCUCCCUGUGUUUGAUCCUUACGGAGCCCUAGAGGGGUCAUCACAAAAUGUUUUGCAUGUUGAGAGAAUGUGCGCUCAUUUUACUACAUUGUGCGCUCGUUUUACUAAAUUGUGCUCUCGUUGAACUAAAUUGUGCACUCAUUUUACUAUAUUGUGCUCUCGUUUUACUAUAGUGUGAGCUCAUUUUACUAAAUUGAGCUCUCAUUUUAAGCAUAGUAAAACGAGGGCACAAUUUAUUAAACGAGUGCACUAUUUACUCAAACGAGCGCACGAUUUACUAAAACGAGAGCACAAUUUAGUGAACAUGGUUAUAGAACAUUGUGUGCACGAUCUACUUAAACGUGGCCACAAUAUGUAAAACGUGCACUCAAUAUUGUCUU